AUGGAUCAACCACCGGAUCGGAGCAAGCGACCGUGGAGAUUCUCGUCGUUCGUCUACUUUUCUUCGAUCGUAUUCCUUCUCCUUGCGAUAUUCACACUAAGCUUCACUACGGCUGGUCUCUACAAAACCCAAAGUCUGAGAUUCACCUUCACUGCGAGUCGCUUCUAUAGCUAUCUCCAAUCUCGUCUCAAGUUUUACAAUGUAACUCCCAAAUCAAAAUCCGAAACCCUAAACCCCGCGUCGUCUUCUUCCCACUGCGUGUUAUGGAUGGCUCCUUUCCUCUCAAGCGGUGGUUACAGCUCAGAAGCUUGGUCUUACAUUUUAUCACUUCAUCACCAUCUCAAAAACCCUAGAUUUCGAAUCACAAUCGAGCAUCAUGGUGAUCUAGAGUCAGUAGAGUUUUGGAAUGGUUUAGCUAAAGAGACAAAGGAGCUAGCGAUCGAAAUGUACAAGACUCAGUGUAGUCCCAACGAGACGAUCGUCGUUUGUCAUAGCGAGCCUGGUGCUUGGUAUCCACCAUUGUUCGAGACUCUUCCUUGUCCUCCCACUGGUUACGAAGAUUUCUUAUCUGUGAUUGGUAGAACAAUGUUUGAGACUGAUAGAGUCAAUCCAGAGCAUGUGGAGCGAUGUAACCAGAUGGAUCAUGUUUGGGUUCCUACUGAGUUUCAUGUAUCUACGUUUGUACAAAGUGGGGUUGAUUCGUCUAAGGUUGUGAAGAUUGUGCAGCCUGUUGAUGUCGCCUUCUUCGAUCCUUCCAAGUACGAGCCUUUGGAUUUGAUGAAUAUUGGGGAUUUGGUUUUAGGUUCUGGAACGAAGAAAUCGGGUUUAGGGUUUGUGUUCUUGAGUGUGUUUAAGUGGGAGCAGAGAAAAGGUUGGGAUGUGUUGUUGAAAGCUUACCUAAGAGAGUUCUCGGGUAAAGACAAUGUUGCUCUGUUUUUGUUGACAAACGCGUAUCACUCGGACAGCGAUUUCGGUAACAAGAUUCUAGAUUUCGUCGAAGAAUUGAAUCUAGAAAAGCCUCAAGAUGGUUACCCUUCUGCGUAUGUGAUUGAUAAACACAUAGCUCAAGUUGAUUUGCCUCGGUUGUACAAAGCGGCUGAUGCGUUUGUGUUGCCUACAAGAGGAGAAGGAUGGGGACGACCGAUAGUGGAAGCCAUGGCAAUGUCUUUGCCUGUGAUUGCAACAAACUGGUCAGGACCAACAGAGUAUCUGACAGAGCAGAACGGUUACCCGUUGGUGGUCGAGGAAAUGAGUGAAGUGAAGGAAGGUCCUUUUGAAGGUCAUCAGUGGGCAGAGCCAUCUGUGGAUAAGCUUAGGGUUCUAAUGAGGCAUGUAAUGAGUAAACCUGAUGAGGCUAAGGUUAAAGGAAACCGCGGAAGAGACGACAUGGUAAAGAAUUUUGCUCCUGAGGUUGUAGCUAAGGUAGUUGCGGAUCAAAUCGACAGAAUCUUUGAUGAGAAAAUAAGAAGAUGA